UAAAAUCCAUAUGAUAUUUCACUCCUUCUGAAGCCCCAUACCGUCUUAAAGCCAUCUCUUUCACUGUUUCCUUACAUACACAAUGUCGACGUCAGUUACCGUUCGUCACAUAGCGUCCCCGCAUCAUGCGGCUGCCUCACAGUACACGGGAGAGGACUACGUACAUCGCGAUGACCUGCGCUCGACUUUCGCGGCCAACAUGUCCGCCAUGUACCGGGCAGAGGUUCCCCUAUACGGAGACUUGGUGCGCAUUGUGAGCGAAGUGAAUCGAGCGUACCCCAUCGCAGCCAAUGAGGCCCAUCGUCUGGGGCUGGAACGUCACGGCGCCAUUCGACUGGGGACGCCGCAGGAGCUGCAGACCAUCCGGCGGGUGUUCGCUCUCCUCGGUAUGGCUCCUGUGGGCUACUAUGACCUGGCUGUGGCGGGCUUGCCCAUGCACGCCACCUGCUUUCGCCCUACGGAGGCGUCCGCGCUGCAGAAAAACCCCUUCCGCGUGUUCACCACGCUCCUCCGACCAGAGCUCAUAACGACAGAUUCGUCCAAACAGAUUGCCCUCGACCUUCUCAGCCGUCGGCAGAUCUUUACUGAUGAUUUGCUAUUGCUGCUCGAUCAGGCCGAGGCCCAGGGCGGCCAGCUGACCGGGCAGCAGGCCGAAUCAUUCAUCACCAACGCGUUGGAGUCCUUCCGCUGGCAGGGGAUGGCCGCGGCCACUGUGUCCCAGUACCAGGAGAUGCGCAAGGCCCAUCCUAUUCUCGCCGAUAUUGCCAGUUUCACAAGCGCCCAUAUCAAUCAUCUCACACCCCGGGCACUCGACAUCGAGGAGUCUCAUCGCCAGAUGGCCCGGGCGGGGAUGGCGGUUAAGGACCGCAUCGAAGGCCCCCCGCGCCGUGCGUGUCCCAUCCUCCUCCGACAGACCAGCUUUCUUGCCCUUGAAGAGUCGAUUGGCUUCCGAGAAGAUGGCCCGAGUCACGCAUCGUCGGCGAGGGUCGUCCAAGGGUCUCACAAGGCCCGGUUCGGGGAAAUCGAGCAGCGGGGGGCGGCUCCCACCACCAAGGGACGGCAGCUGUACGACGCCUUGCUGGACGAGGCAUUGCAACGGGCGGACGCCGAACACGCCGAUGCCUCGCGCACCGACGAGAUCAUGGCCGAAGUCUUUGCCCAGUACCCCGAUGAUUGGACGGAGCUGCGCCGCCAGGGACUGGUGUACUUUGAAUAUUCCUGUCGCCAAACCUCCUUCGAUCCCAGCCGCGUGGACGCGGCCAGCGAUGCCGCAGAUCUCCUAGACCAGCUCAUUCAGCAGUCAGUCAUUGUGGCGACACCGAUCACCUACGAGGACUUCCUGCCCUUCUCCGCGGCAGGGAUCUUCCAGUCCAAUCUUACGUCCAAGUCGGCCUUUGCCCACCGCGAAUCCACGGCAGAUGAGGCCGGUUUCAACCGGUCAUUGGGGGCUACGGUUUUGGACAUGGAUGGGCUCUAUGCAUCGCAUCAAAGGCAGAGCGUCGAGCGUUGUUUCAAGAUUCUUGGAUUGGAGCUUCGUGCAUAGAAGUCUGUGCUUUACAACAUCACACCUAAACAUAAUGAG